GAAAUUAAUAAAGGUCCUCAUUUGGUCUCGAUUUGGCUCUUAAACAUAAAUUGAGUAAAGCGACAUCUAUGAGAAAAUCGUUUAAUUAAUAUCUUAUCUUGGACAUAGACCUCGAAUGGUACUUUGGACUUUAGUUUGAAGAAGCAAGCGGUCAAGGAAUUCUAAUUUAGAAAAUAAUACACGUAGGCUAAUAAAACAGGAUAAACACAAAAUUUGAAAUAUAAAUUGAUAAAAUGACUCCGAUAUUAUACAAGACUGACGCCAGUCCGCCUGCUAGGGCUGUGAUGAUGAUUGUUGAUAUAUUGGGACUAAAAGUUGACGAGCAGGAACUGAAUCCAAUAUUACGCCAACAAGACACACCGGAAUUUAAAAAAAAAAAUCCAAUGAGAACUAUUCCUAUAUUAGAGGAAGGAGAUUUCUACCUCGCGGAUAGUCACGCCAUUAUGUUGUACUUGAUCGAUAAAUACGGUAAACCGGAACACGCUCAUCUCUAUCCGAGCGAGAAAAGGAAACGAGCUACAAUAAAUCAACGACUUUUCUUUGACUGCGGAGUGCUAUUCCCUAGAUUGAGGGCCGUUAUGGCACCAACGUACGCAGGAAAAUUAGCGGAAUUGAAUCGAAACAUGAUCAAGAACAUCGAGGAUGCUUAUUCAAUAAUGGAAUCCUAUCUAACAGAGAAUUUGUAUCUAGCUGAUGAAGUUGUCACUGUAGCGGACAUAAGCGCAAUAACGACUAUUUCGUCUUUGAACGGCUUGUACCCGGUAGAUGAGAAAAGAUAUCCAAAACUUAGCAAAUGGAUAAACAGAAUGAACGAUAAAGAAUAUUGUAGAAAGAUCAACACUCCCGGAAGCGAGCUACAUGUGGCCGGUUUGAUAGCCUUAAUGGACAAUACUAAACACAAUCAGCAAUCAAAACUUUAGGUAAAGUCUUUUACUUUACUAUUUAAAACUACUUUAAGCUUUGGCUAUUUUAUUAUUUUUAAGAAAAUUAAAUUUUCACGUUUUCCUUUAGAAUCACGUUUUUUUUAUUGCUUAUAAGUCACGGCCCUGCCACCUGGUAUUCAUUGAUUACCGAAGCCCAUAAACAUCAACAACGUAAAUGCCGAAACCAACCUUGAGAGAAGAGUUUCAAGUCUGUUUUUCCAGUACAAUAGCUGCCCCUCCCUUAAAAACCGAAACGCAUUACUGCUUCACGGCAGAAACAAGCAGAGUGGUAGUACCUACUCGAGCGGGCUCACACGACGGCUUACCACCAAAUAAACCGUCGUGGCCUAAAGGAUAAGACGUCCGGUGCAUUCGUAUCGAGCGAUGCACCGGUGUUCAAAUCCCGCAGGCAGGUACCAAUUUUUCUAAUGAAAUACGUACUUAACAAAUGUUCACGAUUAACUUCCACGGUGAAGGAAUAACAUCGUGCAAUAAAAAUCAAACCCGCAAAACUAUAAUUUGCGUAAUUACUGGUGAUAGGACCUCUUGUGAGUCCGCACGGGUAGGGACAACCGCCCCGCCUAUUUCUGCCGCGAAGCAGUAAUGCGUUACGGUAUGAAGGGUAGGGCAGCCGUUGUAACUAUACUGAGACUUUAGAACUUAAAUCUCAAGAUUGGUGGCGUAUUUACGUUAAUGUUUAUGGGCUCCAGCAACCACUUAACACCGGGUGGGCUGUGAGCUCGUCCAACCAUGUAAGCAAUAACAAAAAUAAAACAAAAAAAAUUACCUUAGCAAGCAAAGGGAUAUUUCAGUUCCGCGAUGUACAGCUCAUAAAAUUUAAGUUUGUUGACCCCAGUUUUGUUCGCUUUACAUCGCGGAACUAAAACAUCCGAUUUCCGUUUAUGGAAAAAUAAUGUAUUUAUUUCGUUUCGCUCAUAAGUCUAUUUAUCAAUAAGGUUUCAAUCAUACAAAAACAAAACAAAUAUAAAGAAUCACAGGUUUUUUUUCAUUUAUUUCAAUAAUAACUAAAGAAAUGCAAAGAUCUUAUCAACUUUACACUCCAGUAACUUCUAGGGCUACCAUACGGUUAACGUUCAAUGAGAAAUUAAUGAUUACAAAAAACGUUACACAGUAAACUUUAAUUUUUCUUCCUAUAAGUCUUGUAUAGUCUUUCGUUAACGCCCCGCACUUGAUUCAGAACAUUACCACUUACAAUAAUACACGUACAAUACUCGCAAAACGUCCAUUCAUAUUCAGCACAUACAUAAAAACGAGUCGCGCAUACAGACAGACAAACGUUAUGGAAAUGUUGACGCGCAGUCAGCUAUCACUCAUAUUAACAUGGUAGUUACGUUGGGCGUAACAAAUCGUUACACAGCGCUCCGCAGUUCCAAUUACCCAUCCUCUUUCGGAGGUGUGAACCAGCCUGAAAAUUAGAUAAAUAUUAGUAUGAAACGAUUACAACUCUUACAUGAAUAGGGGCUUCGUCUAUCUAUACAUAUAAAUAAAAUUGGAGUGUCUGUUUGUAAUAGUGAAAUAACCGCUUUUUACUACAUGCAUAUGAAUAUAUAUACGGUACAUACACUAAAAUAACAUUUUUUACAAUUUUUGUCUGUCUGUUUGUUUGUUCCGGCUAAUCUCUGGAACGGCUGGACCGAUUUUGACGAGACUUUCAGUAAUAGGUAGCUGAUGAUAUAAGGAGUAACUUAAACAUUUUUAGAAUAGCUUGGCCCCGCGGCGUCGCCCGCUGUACUACAAUAACCGCGGGUAACAUCGCGGGACUCAACUAUCAAUAAUAAAAUUUAAUAUUUCCGAAGCGAAGCGAGGGCGGGUCGCCAGUACUAAUAUAUAAAUCUACAGUGGUAUUUACGGAUGUUCCGUUAUAACUACUGAACCGUGCAUCCGAUUGACUUGAAACUUGGUAUCCAUGUAGAAAAUACAUAUACUUAAAGGAUAGGCUAAUAUUUAUAUGAGUGUUGGACUCCCUACACCAGUUGCGGGGGCGUUAAUGAUCAGAAUCUUUGUGGGGGUGAGAAAUAAUAAUGUUAAUUUUACCCAGCGAAGCGGACGGGUACAGCUAGUUUGUUAUAAUGUACGUAUUUACGAUAGUAAUUAUGUUGUUGGAAAACAGAAUAUAUUAAACAUUCAUAUAUUUUUACACAACAGAGUUUAUGUUAAAAAUAUGUACUAAUCAUGUUUAGUUCGUAUUCAGACAUUUCUUCAAUAAAAAAAUACAUUAAAUGUUGUUUUUAUUAAUUUGUUCAUUGUAUUUGUAACUAACUAUAGUCAACAAUUAUUUGGAUUUAAAAAAGCUUUUCAAGAAUGUAAUUCAAAAUAAUAUCAUAUGAACGUACUCAUUAAAUUUAUUAAUAAACUAA